AUGGCGGGAGUCAUACCGCAGGUGAAGAUCGAGCACGCGCCCGAUGUCAACAUCAAGAAUGAGCAGGAAGAUGUUGACAUGCCAUCGCCCGCAGGCUACGUGGACGACGAUGAUGGAGACGAAGAUGCUGGCGACCUAGACUUCGCGCAGGCAGCCCAGACACUAUGGCUCAGUCACAUCCCACGGUCAUUAUGGGAAGAUCUUGCCAAACUUCAGGACGAUGACGAGAUUGAUCUGGGUACGAUCAGAGUGGAGGGUCCCGAGGAUAAUCCAUCAAGAGUCGUAUUGAAGCUGAACAACCUCUCUCAACUCGAAGAACAGCACAAGGAGUACGACCUGAUCAAACCACCAGAGGGAAAGGUUCGAUUGCGGAGAGAGGGCGGUACUAUGGUCUUCUCUGAGAAAGAUUUGCCCGGCUUCAAAGCACGAUCAUACGCCUGGGAUCAAGACGACGACGAGACAGGCCAAGGACGAUCCAAACUCUACGACGAUGCAAAGCGAAGUAGGAGAAAUAAAGAGCGGAGAGAGCAGCCAGGUGGCUUCAAGCCAUACAGACGAGCUAUCCCCAAGCACACAGCGCUGGCAGGCACCGUGACGAAAGAGUUCGAUGCAGUCGCAGUCAGGAAUGCAGAAUACGAGCGAAUCGAGCGCCUGAAACUCGCCAAGCUGAUGGCAGCACCUAAACCGGAAGAAGCGACCACCAUGCUGGCACCUCACGAGGACCCGACUCGAAGACAAAAUGUCACAAGCAUGCGGCAACGGCAACAAGAGAACAAGGCAAGUCAUACUGCUGCAGCAGCUCGCCGGCAAGCCGUCAAGGACAGCCGAACAAGCAGAAUGGAAUCCAAGGAUCUGGUUCGCUUGCUUCUGGAGCACUUCAAGCAGCAUCGGAUAUGGGGACUACGAGAUCUCAAGGCUUCUCUUCAGCAGCCGGAGUCGUUCAUUCGAGAAACUUUACAAGAUAUCGCCUUCAUGCACAAACAUGGUGACUUCAAUGGGAAAUGGGAGCUGAAGGAGGAAUACAAAGCCCAGGAUGAUGCACUGCUCAACCCACAAGGUCUGGAGGCGCCCAAACAGGAAGACACGGAUAUGGAUGUGUCUGGCAUGGACGAUGAUGAUGACGAUGAGGAUGAGAAGUUCGAGGAUGUUUAA